AUGAGGGACCUACUCGCACGCAUCGAUGGCCUCGACCAGGUGCUCUCGACGCGCAUCUUGGACUUUGCAGGGCCGCUCUCGCUCUACCUCUUGGACCGCGGCAUUUGGGCCAACGCGCAAUCGCGUCACUCGAACGCCGACAUCGAAGCUGUGUACGCAGACGCCUACGCGAUGGACUGGCCCGGCGACCUUGCGACACUACCCGGCGGCGGCCCGAGCCGUGAGCGCGACCGCUCGAGUCGAUCGUUCGAGCAUAUUCGGACGCUUCCCAUGUACGAGCGGUACCAAGCGGCCAUCGGGCACUCCGUCACCCUCGUCCACGGUUUUCGCGACGGGUACGACACCAACGGCCGAGAAGCCCGGCGGCGCAACAUGUCGUUCGACAUUCAGCCGAGUAGCCUCGACGACGUUGGCUUGCGCAACUGCUGGGACUUUGCCGUGACGCCGUUCUUGGAUCGGCCGAUCGCGCUCGCCCACGCCGCAGCCUACAAUGGAUCCGCAGAGCUGCUCUACGCUUUGGGCGACGACUACGGCGUCGAACUCGCACGUCUGCGUGACGCGCCGGACAGCAAGGAGCUGCUCAUGGACUAUGCCGCAAGUCGCGGGUACCUCGACGUUCUCAUGUGCCUCCAUGCCGCCGGCAACAAUCACUGCACGACGCAUGCGAUGGACGACGCGAUCGCGAACGGCCACCUCAAGGUCGUUGCGUGGCUGCACCUGGCCCGCGACGAAGGCUGCUCCCAUCACGGGUUUGACGUUGCGUACAAGCAGCGAACCAAACAGCCGAACGGGGCCGCGAUCCUCGCCUUUCUUGAAGACGCGCGGGGGUAUGGCUUUACGGAAACGUCGCUCAUCGAGGCGGCGACGGUCGGCGACUUGCGCUUUCUACGAGCCGCCGUGUCUGUGCCGUGCACAACGCGCGUGAUGGACGCCGCGGCAGGCUCCGACCAGCUCGAUGUGCUGCAGUUUUUGCACCGGCACCGCGCCGAGGGCUGCUCGGAGGCCGCUCUCAUGGGAGGCGCGGCUAUCGGAUCGCUUCCAGUCGUGACGUUCUUGUGCACUCACUAUCACGACGCAAGUCACCUCGUCAAGGCGAUGACCGAAGCCGCGCGCCACGGCCAUUUGCACAUCGUUCAGUACCUGCAUGGGCUCGUCCCAGUCGGAACCGCGGGCACCAAGCCCAUGAACGCGGCCCUUCGCAAAGACCGCGUGGAGAUUGUUCAUUUUCUCCAAGCGCAUCGUCCGAGCGAAGGCUGCACGUCGCGCGCCCUCGAAGACGCGCUCUGGAACAUUGACGAAGACCUCUAUACCUUCUUGGUCGGCGUCCGCCCCGAGCUUCUCUCGCAGACAACGCUCGAGGCCGCGGCGGGCCACGGCCAAGAAGACAUUGUGUGGGACCACUAUGCACGUGGCUUUCGCAGCCACCGCGCGAUGGCGUGGGCGGCGCAGUGGGGUGAGUUUGACUGGGUGCGCCAGCACCACGAAGUGUUCAACGAGCCGUGUACGGAUGAGGCGACCGACCGCGCGGCCGGGCAAGGCUUCGAGGAGAUUGCCUCGUACCUCCUGGCGAAUGGUGCCUCGUUCACGUACCAGGGCAUCUACAAGGCGGCUUGCAACUACAAGUAUGCGACGCUGGCGCUGCUCGUGGGCCGCGAUGAGACCAAGCACAGAUGCAACCUUGCGAUCGCGCGCGCGCUGAGUGCCGGCUUUGUCCGCGCAGCCCAAGACAUUUACAACGCUGCUGGGUUUACGGGUGCCCUCGCCGGGUGGAAGCGGUACGCGUCGCUGAUCAACCCUGCGACUGAGGAUUUGCCCGAGGACCUGGAUGUGCGCAAUGCCGAAAUCGACUCGGACCUCGAGUACAACUCGGACGAUGAGAUAGAAGACGAAGGCGAGGACAGUGAUUACGAGGACUUUGACUACUGA